AUGACUGAGCAAGCUGAAGAAGGUGGAACCUGUACAAGGUUUAAAAGAUUCUAUGUUUGCCUAGGUCCACUAAAGGAAGGGUUCUUAGAUGGCUACAAACCAAUCAUUGGAUUAGACGGAUGCCAUUUAAAGGGUCCGUUAGGAGGAAUUUUGCUGACUGCUGUUGGUACAGACCCGAAUGAUGGGAUGUAUCCAAUUUGUUGGGCCCAGGUUGAAGCUGAAAACAACGAUAGCUGGGAAUGGUUUAUCAGAUUGCUUAAAGAGGACCUUCACAUGGAGAAUCUAGGAUCUUACACCUUCAUUUGUGAUAGACAGAAGGGUUUAGUUAGGGCUCUUGAAACUGAGGUCCCUAAAGCAGAGCAUCGCUUUUGCGUAAUGCAUCUCUACAAGAAUCUGUGGAAAGAACAUAAAGGUAUUGGAGUUAGAAGGCUCCUCUGGUCUGCUGCUAGGUCAACAAUCCCUUACCAUUUCAACCAAAAUAUGGAGGCUCUUAAGAAGUUAGCACCAAGGGCUUACGACUGGUUAGCAGCCAAGCCAAAGUCACAGUGGAGUAGAUCAGCUUUUAGAGAUAUUUGCAAGAGUGACAUGUUCGUUAAUAACAACUGUGAAGUUUUCAACAAUGCAAUCAACAAGUUUAGAGGUAUGGGGAUUGUUACAAUGUUCAUUGGAAUUCAAAAUACAUGUAUGGAGAGGAUCUGCAAGAGGCUGACAAAAAUGGACAAGAGGGACACUAUCUUCUGCACAAAACCUCUUAAAAAGUUGCACAAGUAA